UUUUCCAUCAGAAAAAACCUCUAAUCUUUAUUAUCCAUUUCUCUCUAUCAGAAAAAAAAAAUGGAUAUCAUUGCAACUUCAUCAGCUCAAAACUUGAGGAGGCUAUGGAGGAGAAGAACGUACCAAAGGUUACGAAGUGGCAGCAACGACACUGUCCCCACAAGAUCAUUGAGGAGCUUUCGGGUCGGAAGGAUGAUGAUCAUGAGACGACGAGCAUCUCCUAAACUGCGGUUGAAAAUGUCGUCGCCUUUGAAAGUUGUAGCGAAGAUUCACGAUGCGUAUGUCGAGAUGAUGAUGAGGUUGGCCAAUAGUGUGGGGAAUAUGUAUGCCAUUGGAGGGUUUGGAAAUAGGAAGAGGAUACCAAAACCUCAAAAUCAAGUUCCUCUUGGUGGAGAACAAAUUGAUGCUAAAUUGGUAUUGGAAAUCUAUAACAAACUUGCUUCUUCCAAGAACAGCUCUAAUGCUAAUAUAAACUUAUGAUGAUGUAUAAUUGUAUAUAUAGUUUUGAUUGAAAUAAGGUUGUUUCUUUUUUUUUUUUUUUUUCUUUUCUGUUGGUCUUUCUUUUAACAUUCCCACAAGAAAGGAAUUUGUUAGAAGCUUUAUAUCCACACACACAGUAAAAGAAGUAUUUUCUUGGAAAUGAAAAGGCAAAGUCAAUAAGUUCAAUUGUA